AUGGUUCAGUCCAUCCAUGACGCAGAUAAACCAGCUGCCAGGGGAAAGAAACCAGAAAAAGGGAAACUUAAGAAAAAGGCCAAAGGGGCGAAGGGUCCUUCUCCUAAGAAGCGGAAACCCUCAAUGACAGAUCAAUCACCCCCACCGAAAAGGAAGAAAAACCAGCCAAGGAGGAAACUAGUUCUCGCUUCUUCCUCAAGCGAUUCAGAGGCUGACAAGUCUGACUCAGAGGAAUCAGCUCGAGGUGAUACUCCUCCCCAUUCGCCUUCACAUGAGGUAACAAUUUCAUCCAAACCUAUUUCUCCUCCUCCUACCACCAUACCUAUUUCCAUUCCCAUCAUAACCUCCAUUCCCAUCAUAACCUCAUCUAUUUCCAUUCCCCCUAUAACUACUCCUAUUUCUAUUCCCCUCAUAACUACCACUAUUUCCAUUCCCCCCAUAACCUCUUCUAACCCUAUACCACCCACCUCUAUUCCUAUACCACCACCCAUUUUCACUGAAGCUACCAAAAUAACUAUCAGUGAGGUUCGAACCAACGUAUCUGAUACGGGGGAUCAGACUUCAGCACCCGAAACCACCUUCACCACCGAGCCAUUUUAUACACUUGAACCUACCCCUACCACUGAACCUCCAACAUCACCCUUAUCUCCCACUCGCUCAGCCGAAACCGAGACAUUUUUAGGUGGGGAGGAUAUGACCUUUGAUUCCAUAUACUACAGCCCUUACCGGAUCCAAAGCAAUGAUGAUGAUGAUGCUCCUGGGGCUGCCGAAACCAAUGCAGAGAAGGUCAAUUCUGCUAGUACGAAGCUGACCACUUCGUUUGCCACUGAACAUCAGAACUUUGCUAGUCUUCGAUAG